GGAGACAAACUUUUUUCUCUAUUGAGUUACAUUGCUGCACUUGGGCAGAUGUUAAAAAAUGACAUUAGAUUAACAAUAUACAUGCACUGAAUAACUUGAUUAUUUGGCUAAUAUCCAAAUUUAUCAAAUUCCUUGAAAUUUUCCUUGAAUUCCGUGACAUUCGCUCCUUUCCAGAGACUUGGGAUUGUGCACACACAUUUUUGGCAACUGCUAAGUAUGGCCUCUCAAAGCCACUUAUUGUAGUGAGGCUAUUCCCACUAUGGGACUUAUAAUUUUCUAGCCUUGUUCGGGUAAUUUGAGAUGGCUCUCACCUCCUGAGUCUGAAACGGAGAGUGUAUUUUAUCUUGCUGGGGAGUGGCAGGAAAGGAGGUACAGUGAUGCCAUUUGUUUCCUCUCCUCACCCACUGCCUGUUCCUCAUUCCUCCCACCAUUUGUUUUCGCAAAUGAAGUAUGUUAAUUAAAAGCUAGUGAACACUGAGCUCCCACUAGCGUAAGCUGCCUCCUCAACACUGUAGUCCACCAGGCCCUGUUUGAAGAAUGGGGUGCAGAAUUUUUUUAUUUUCAUGGCUCAUAAUGAGCAGGGAGGUGGCUAAAAAGAGAGGGAAGUUGAAGUGGAAUAAAGAUGGAGGACCGUUCCAGUCUCCAUAAAAGCUUUCUUUGUAAAAAUGGUUCCUUAUGGUCACUGGGGAGUGUGGAACAAACUAGCUGGUACCCAUGCCCAAGCCAAACACCCACACACACACACACACACAUAUAUACAAAUACGCAUAAAGAGGCCCAGUGGAACAUAGGUGUGGUGUGUGCAGUGCACAACGCCACAGUUAUUUUUAUCGCCAAACUUCCAAGGAGAGCAUGACCUCGGGAGAGACGGAAAGAAAAAGAGAAGGAAAGGUAGCUGUGGGUGGACACAGUGGGGAAAUGAAAGACAGGGCGGGACAGAUGAAGGCCAUGGGUGGAGGUGUAGCAGCUUUGUAAGGUUCAUAUGGCGUGCACUAGUGGAAGCUUACAACUCCUCUGAGGCUACUGCAGAAUGGAGAAGGUCUGGAAGAAGUCAUUAUUCUGAUGUCUUUAAACCGCUGACAAUCUGGACUUAACAAGGAUGGAGUGCUGUUUAUUCAUGGCUUGAGGCAACAGGGUUUGUUCUAAUGGAAGGAGCUAGAUAGCUUAGAGAUCCAUCUACUUGUUCUUGGUUCUCUCUUUCAUGUGCAGCUCUCAGUCCUGGGUUUCAGGAGCUGUGAACACUUUGGAAACUGAUGAGAUAGAAGAAGGAGGGAAGGCAGCUGAGUGUAAGAAGCUGAGGGUGGGAGACGAACUGGUCAACAUCAACGGCUCUGCACUCUACGGCUCCCGCCAAGAAGCUCUGAUCCUCAUCAAAGGCUCCUACAGGGUCCUCAAGAUUGUUGUCCGCAGACGCACUGUGCCGCUGAUUCAUCCUCACUCCUGGCACCUGGUGAAGUUAUCAGAAGCACCCUCCGUGCCUGGUUCAGCAGGCAGUUCAGACGGCCCGCUGGCCAUGCAGCUCCACCCCACACCCUUCAGUGUACCGUGGCACUCUGGGGGUGACAGUGAGCUGUCCAUGCCGUUGGGCCACCUCUCCCGGCACUACAGCACAGACCGCAGCAGCUCUGUGGGGAGUAUGGAGAGUCUGGAAAACCCUCCAAGUCAGGGUUACUACGACAGCCAGCUCUCUCCCAUUGACCCUGCCAUCUUUAAUAAUAAACGUGACUCGGCUUAUAGCUCUUUCUCUGCAAGCUCAAACACAUCUGACUAUACGGUAUCUCUGCGCCCUGAGGAAAACAGCUCUAUGGACAGUCUCCUGCAGGGCUUUGGCCCCUCCUGCAGGUUUACAGAGGGACAUCCACAUUCUGCGGCUAGUGGCCCAGGAGAACUGCACUGUGAGGAGGGGAUUCUCAAGUCUAGGCCUCUGCCUCAUAGGCCAGAGGCUAAAGUACGUCCAUCAUCCUAUAGCUAUGAAGAAGACAAGUGUGGACCUCCACAACCUCCCAUGAGGAAGGAUAGUUUUAGGGCUACCAGAGGCCUACCAGAGGUGUUGGAUAAACGUUGUGUGUCUGCUCCUGUUGGUGUGUCAAGUUUGACUUGCUGCACUAUUGAAGACCCUCCUCACAUCCGCAAGGCACUGAAUGGGAGUAUGUGUCUGAAUGGUCCAGACAAUGACCAGGACUUGAAGGGAAACAAAGCAGAACCUUAUUACACAAUAAAUUCUCAAAAAGAAUUGUUUACAGAUAACAAAGUCAGCUCAAAAGAGGGAUGCCAAAAGAGCAGUCACUUCCAGCCCCUAGAUAGGCAUUCACCCAGGCCCAGUCCUCCAACAGCAGAGAGCCUUGAUAGUCAACUCAAUCAUUUAGAUAACAAUCCCCAGCCUAGGAUGCACAGACAUAGUGCCCCUGAAAAAUUACUUGUCUCUCAGUUACACAUGAUAGAGCUCUCCAGUGACAAUAGUGCACAUUCCAUGUCCCCUCCUAGCCUGUGGUCUAAUACUCUGCACCCCAGGGAGGAACUACGUGAAGACAGUCCAGCUGUAGCUCAGGGUAAAUGGGGAGGAAGCAGGUGCUCCACACCCGGUUCACUGACUACUUCGGAGCUAGAGGAACACAGGGCAGAGGGAGAACCAUUUGAUUCAGGCCAAAUACUUACUCCUAUCCAGCAUACUUGGGGAAGAUCUGUCAGUGUUCCAGGUGAAACUAUAGGAAAUGGAUUUACUGAGUCUGGACCCUGCAUAGAAUCUCAGCUUCAUGAGAGAGGUUUUGAGACCAUUAGUGCUGCCUCCAGCAUGGACACUCUACUUGAGAACCAGGAACAAGGAGAAGGCAAGAGUGAUGAUGGUGAAAUUUCAAAGCCUCCUCAGAAGCGCCAGUUUCGUUCAUCUAAGUCUCGCCGUCGAAGUGAACGUUUUGCCACAAACCUUCGCAAUGAGAUCCAGAGGAAGAAGGCUCAGCUACACAAGAGCAAAGGCCCAGGUGGUCUGCUGUGUGAUGGCGAGACUGUAGAGGAAGAGGAUAUGGAAGAAAAAUCCCCAUCAGAGGUGCCAGCCAUCCAUCAACACAGGACCCAAACACAGACUAAUCAACACAACAGCUUCCAGAAGUGUACUCCAUCUCAGGCCAGAACAAUUGCCUCAAACUCAACAUUUCCAGGCAGAUGCUGUGGAACAAAUUCUGCAGAGCAUUCAGGGAGCAGAACUGAAGAUUUCCAUCUUUCACAGGAUGAAACCCAUGGAGUCCAGUCAGCUGAGGUAAACAGACCUGUAUGUGUGCGUGUGGUCGAAGAGUUGGCACCACCGGGUAAAGCCAGACGUUGGCGCUGGACACCUGAGCACAAACUGCAACCAGAAAUAGAAUCAACUGAAAUAAAGAAGAAUGGUGAAGGAACAGCACCGCCUUCUUGGAACCUUGGAACAACAAGGGGAAGAGUGGUUUCUUCAGGUGGGCGCUCUACCCGAGCUGAUGAUUGUGACAUCCCACCUUUUGCAGACCGCAGGAAGUUCUUUGAAGAGACUAGCAGAAACCUGAGCCAGUCUGUGACAAACCUGGCAGGGCUUACAGGCCACCGCCAGAGACCAGAGAAGCAUGGGAGAAAGAAAGAUCCAACUUCCCCUGAACCCCUUGAAUCAGUCCCUGACCUUGGACGUAGGAGGUUCUCUUACCAGGGUGGAAUUAAUGAUGGAACCUCAGUCAAUUCAUUUGAUACUAGAAGAAACAGAGUCCAGCAAGAGAGAGACAGAGAGAGAGAAAAUACACUGGAGAGAGAAUGGGAGAAGGAGAGGGAGAAAGAGAAACAGAUGGAAAAAGAACAAGAACAAGAGAUGCGUAAAGAACAGGAGAGGCUACAGGCAUGGGAAAAAGAGCAGGAGCAGGAGAGGGAGAGAGAAAGAGCUAGAAAGGAAACCGAAAGAGAGCGACAGAGAGUGCAACAGAUGGAGAGAGACUGGGAAACCAGUAGAGAUCGCUUUUAUGCAGGAUAUGACCUCAACAAUACCACAGUGUUACCACCUUUGCCUCAUGAUAACCUAAAACAACCACUUACAGCUCAGAAUCUAACCCUGCGUAAUUCACGCUCUGCCAGUUUUCAUAACAAGACCAACCCUGACAUCCAAAAGCCAUGCUCAGCCUUCCGACCUGUAACUAGCCAGCAGUAUCAAUCUGACCACUGCUGUCUACACCCUGGAUACAAGGCCAGGAGCUGCACUCCAACAGAGGCUUUUCCUGUGCAUGAGCUGGAACAAACAAAACUUAGGAGGAAGUUUAGCCUGACUGAAAGGGACUAUACUCAGUGUAGACGAGAUUCAAGACCAGCAGAGGUUACAGUGGGUCGGGGAUUUCAGUGUCAGUGGCACAACAGACUAUGUGAUUGCAACAACAAGGAUCAACCCAUCAUGUCAUCAACACUGACAAACCGAGCCAUGUCUGAAAAUGACAUUCGCAUAGAGACCAAGUAUCUUCAUAGCCAUGGUGCAGCUGCUACCAAUAAUAGCAGAAUGUCUUCAUCCAUCGUCAGGGAACUGGAUGAGAACGUUGUAUCUGUAGUUGAGACAAAGAAGAAAAAAGGGCCUCCUCCUCCUCGGCCACCACCUCCAAAAUGGGAGCAGUUCCAUAAGAGAAGGGCAUCUCACCACAGUCUCUUCUCUUCCCAACCUGCCUCUUCUUCCCAGUUCCAAACAUACACACCCUGUCCAUCCACUGCCCUGGAAAUGACUCGGCAGCGGUCCUACAGCCUUCCUCCAAGCGAUGAUGCAGAAAGUCACCAAGCUCUGCUAAACCCUGCCUUAAAUAACAGAGCUUUCAAACCUGUGGCCCUGCCUCCAAAAGAACGAGACACUACCAGAGUUCAGCACUAUGAAAUAAAGAGUUCCGAAGACAUACCAACAUCCUCAAAUGAGUCGAGCCAAAGAGUUUCUGAGCAAAGCUUGGCCCAGCCUUCAGAUCAGUACAUACCAGCUGUGGUGAAACCAGUCAUUUAUAAGCAUAGAGCAGAGUGGGACUUGACUUCUCCUCACAACUACACAGCAAGCAGCAAUGCUAGCAAGUCACCAGUCCUGGUCCCUACUUUGGAGAAUGGCUCUUGCACUGGACCUGUCUAUCCUGAGUCCUACUUCACAAUGAACUACAACCACCACCAGCAUUUACAGAACCAGCCUCAGCAAAUAUGCAUGCCUGGCACAACCAUCAAGACUCUGGAACCUUCCAACCAAAGUCUACCUCCCAGCGAGGAUCAAUCCUUGCCCUAUGAGACAGACAUAGAUGAGUUCCAUGAGAAUGAGGAAACAGCAGUGGAGCAGCAAAGGCAAGCAGAAGACAGGACUGAGAUUCAAUGUUUUGCUCAGCCAGUGACGGUGCUGGAAACUGACAUCGACACUGUGACUGACGAUGAGGCUCCGUCAUCACGGAUGAGGAGAGGGCAACGGGCGUCCAUCGUGGACUCUUUAUUGGAAGAGGAUUGUGGCAGAGCUGGAAAGGAGCUUAUGGGAGAACUGUUCCCUCACUAUACAGGGAGUGGAGCAGAAGGCUGGAGAGGAGGCAAUAUAGUGAGUGGAGACAUGGUAGAGAGGUCUUCUAGACAGAGCCCCUCAGUACCACAGGGCUCAACCUCUACCAGCUACAGAGGAUCCAACAACAAAGCUCAACUCCUUAAUAAGAUGCCAAACUUCUCAGAGAUGAAGGAGGAGGAUGAAGAACUUAAUUACAAGAGGCAGCUGAUGGAAAGCUUGCGUAAGAAGCUGGGUGUGUUGCGGGAAGCCCAAAGAGGUUUGCAGGAGGACAUCAGAGCCAACGCUCAGCUUGGUGAGGAGGUGGAAAGCCUGGUGCUGGCCGUCUGCAAGCCAAACGAGGUCGACAAGUUCCGUAUGUUUAUUGGAGACCUGGACAAAGUGACAAGUCUUCUGUUGUCGCUCUCCGGCAGGCUGCUCAGAGUGGAGAGUGCUUUGGAUUGCCUGGACCCAGAAUCAGGCCAUCGUGAAAGGCUCCCCCUGUUGGACAAGAAGAAGCAGCUCCUUGCACAGCUGGCUGAGGCUCAGGAGCUGAAGGAGCAUGUGGACCGGAGGGAGGAGGCUGUGGGCAGGGUGCUGGGUCGCUGCCUGACUCCAGAACAACUGCGUGAUUACAGCCAUUUUGUGAAGAUGAAGGCAGCACUGCUGGUAGAACAGCGGCAGCUGGAUGAUAAAAUCCGGCUAGGGGAAGAACAGCUCCGAGGCCUGAAGGAGAGCCUUGGCCUGGGAUACGGCCCUUACUGAAACUGGAACUGGAAGUAAAGUACAGGAAGGUUGCGUGUUCAUAUAUGCACAUAAAUGGGCACACCUGAAAGUUUCUGAUAAAUAAUUAUGUUUGACUGUAUUUGAACGUUAUAACAAACCUGCAACAUUGACAGUCAGAGACUUCUUAAGAAGCACAAGUACAGUGAAUUUAUCAGCUGUAGUAUCAGCUGACGCUUGGUGGCAAUAUGUUGCCAUUCCUUCACACAGAAGCAUUACUCAUAAUUGUUGAGAAAUAAGUAACACUAAGCAGUAAAUGACCUCAAACUCCUACUCUAAGCCACAUAAUGCUGUGUGCGCGCACGUGCAUCUCAUUAAUAUCAACUGAAGACCUGUCCAUGCACUGCUAUUUAUUUAUUUAUAUCUCUCAACAAAAUCAGAAAAUCAGAUAAAGAACUCAAGAGUUAUGUUGUUCUGUUUACUGAGAUUUGGUCACCUUGUAUAUCAGCAAAUUGAGCACUGAAAAUUUUUGGCCCAAUAAUCAUGUUACAUUUCAUGUUACUAGAAAGGUUUUUUGAUCCAUAUGUGCAGGAAUAGUGUUAUGCUGUAACAUCACAGAACAGCAUUCUUCGGUUCAAACUGGAAUUUGCUUUGUAAUUUAAGUAUAACAAAACCACCUUAUGAAGAUAUCCAUCUUUUCUUACUUCAGUCAGGUUAGAGCGAUCAAUGUGCAUUCGUUACUCUCUGGGUAUUUAUGUGUUCUGUUCAGGUAACGGUCCACUUAUUCAGGCAAAUCAUAAGCAUUGAAGACAUAUUCGUGCCUUUUUCAUUAUAAAGUGCUUUACUGCAUUUUUCGUAAGUGUUAUCUGAUUUUUUUGAUGCCAAAGAUUACUUUCAUGUCUUAACACAAGAACAGAAAUAUGGUGCUUAUUUUGGAGAACUACAUGCAGUAACCUAGUCUUUAAAGGAAAUUCUUGCUGUAGCUGUGUUUAUUCAGUGCAGCUGUGUUUAACAUUUUGAUCACUUAAAACAGUUCUUACAUUCCUUGUAUAUAAUGUUCAUGCUUGCAGUGUUGCAAAUGUCAUGUGUAAUAUAAUGUAUCAUUUUUGUUUCUGACUGAGCAAAGUGCUUUUUAAUAUCCUUAUCCUCUUUAGAGGGAAGAAUGCUGCUUUAUUGAACAUUUAAUGUGCUGAGUUUUCAACCAACAAUGUAUUAAACCAUAUGUUGUUGAGUUUCUCUUUUUUUUUAAUUUCAGAACUGCCUUUCAGCAUUUAAGAGUGCCAAAGAUGAAUGUGCAUUUGUUACAGUAAACAGCCAAAAACUAUAUUCAUGUAUACUUUUUUUUUUUACCUAAUGUAUAUACUGUGCUCUUUAUUUUUUUUGUUGUAUCAUACCUGCGUAAAUUAUUUCACACUGGAAAUGUAUGAACAUAUUUGGUUGAACUAUAAGUGAUGAAUUUCCCCAAUUUUGGUUUGUUAUAAAUCCAGUGUGGAAUAUGUGGUAUUGAUUAUAGAAUAUAAAUAUUUUAAUCAA